UGUGAUUUGAGGUUGUGCCCUUUAUCAGACUUUUUAAAAAAAAGCAACAAUUCCUGUUAAUGGACUGAUUUUUUGCCAGUGAAUCGCCACAGAUCUUUGUCAUCCCCAGAAAGUGCAGGCUGUUGCCAAACCAGCGUUUCACAGCUCAAGCUCGUCACAAUUUCCUGUGUGGUGUGCAACUUGUCAUUUUGAGCAGGUGGAGCUCAUACUCUCACACUCUUCUGGUAGUUAAAUCACAGAGCAAGUAAACAGACCAAGUGAUCCAAAUGUCAAACCCAGUGGUCACCCAUCAACCAGGUGCUGGCGGCUAUGGGACUAAUGUUCAAACAGGAGAGUGGAGCACAGGCUUGUGUGCCUGCUGCAGUGACUGUUUGGUCUGUGCCGUCGGUUGUUUCUGUCCACUGGCACUGAGCUGCUACACAGCAAAUAAGUAUGGUGAAAACUGCUGUUUGGGUUGCGUGCCUGGAGGCUUAACAGCCAUGAGGACUCACAUGAGAUUAACCUAUGGUAUCCAGGGAACAAUAUGCAACGACGCCUUGAUGACCUUCUUCUGUGGACAUUGUGAAGUGUGCAGGAUGGCAAGAGAAAUCCGCAUCAGGAAUGGAGAGAUUUCACAGUAACAAGAGUUUUUCAUGAUGCUCAGCUAUUGUGGAAGUAACUUGUUUACCCAUGGAGCUUUCAUGCAAACAAAAAAAAAGCAUUUAAUGAAGUAUGCAUUGUUGUGUGUAUUAAAUCUUUGGCCCUAACUUGCAAGAGCAAUUGUGUAUUAUUGUAAAUAAAGUGCAUUUUCAACAGGCA